AAUACUAUUUUUGUUUUUAGCGCUGCCAUACUAGUUUUUUAGUAAAAAAUUUAGAGAUAUAUUUAAUUAAUUUAUAUUUACAUAUUAUUAAAAAAAAGUCACAAGUUAUAAAAAAGUGAUAAAAAUAAGCUUUUAAAUUGUUUGAAAUAUUAAAUAUCACCAUUUUUAUUGAAUGGUGACAUAUUGAGCACAAACAAAAACUGGCCGAACAGCUGUACUGGUUUGUUUACAUUUUUAUAAACAACAACAACAGCAACGUUGCUAUUGUAGUCACCAUGAGAUUGAAUGAAAAAAUCAAAAUCCUGGGAAAACGUGUCAUCCUGGUACCUUACGAAGCCAAACAUGUACCCAAAUACCACACCUGGAUGCAAUCGAAAGAAUUGCAAGAACUAACAGCUUCCGAGCCCCUAACACUGCAGGAAGAAUAUGAUAUGCAACGUUCAUGGCGUGAAGAUGAAGACAAAUGUACAUUUCUCAUACUCUGCCGUGAUACAUACGAUAAAACCGGAUAUGAAAUUGAAUCUUUGGUAGGCGAUACCAAUCUAUUUCUAACCAUAGAUCCAGACUCCAAUGAAAAAGUAGCCGAAGCUGAAAUAAUGAUAGCCGAAGCAAGGGUACGGGGAAAAGGUUACGGUUGGGAAUCUAUGUUGUUAAUGAUGAAAUAUGCUCAACAAAAUUUGGCCAUCGAUAAAUUUGAAGCGAAAAUUGGCAUGGACAAUGAAAAAUCCAUUAGAAUGUUUGAAAAAAUGCAAUUUAAAGAAGUGCGUAGAGUAGAAGUUUUCCGCGAGGUAACCCUAGAAAGAUUGGUAACGUCCGAAUGGAUAGAAUGGUUAGAUGAUCAAGUAAAAUUGGAAAUAGAAGAUUAUUUAAGUUAAUAUUAAAUAACGUGAUUUACUGUUUAUUAUCAUUUAAUAAAAAACACAGACGAUGUAUGGAAAA